AUGGGACUCAAUUCGUCAAGUAAUCAGUUAAAAGAAAAUGUUUCUGUGAAUGUCUAUAGGAAGUUGAAGCAUUUGAAUUUAGCUGGUAAUUCUUUAACAAAAAUUCCAUUUGAUAUGAGAAGCCUUGUCAACUUGGAAUAUCUAGACUUGUCAUCUAAUGAAAUCGCUGGAGAGAUAUCUUUAAGCAAGGGCAACCUUAACCACCUGAAGCAUCUAGAUAUGUCAGGUAAUCAAAUCAGUGGGGAGAUACCUUUGAAUCUGUGCAAUCAUAUUCACUUGGAGUAUUUAGAUUUGCAUGAUAAUCAAGUCACUAAAGAGAUACCUGUAAACAUGGAAAAUCUUAUUUAUUUGAAGUAUCUAGAUUUGCAUGGCAAUCGAAUCACUGGAGUCAUACCUCACAGCCUGGGCAAUCUUAUCCACUUGGAGCAUCUAGAUUUGUCAAUUAAUCAGAUCACUGAAGGCAUUCCUCUGAGCCUGGGCAACCUGAUCCACUUGAAGUAUCUAGAUUUUUCGUAUAAUCAAAUCGCUGGAGGGAUUCCUCUGAGCCUGGGCAACCUUAUACAUUUGGAGCAUCUAGAUUUGUCAAAUAAUCAAAUCACUGGAGACAUGUAUGUGAGCAUGAACAAUCUUAUCCACUUGGAGUAUUUAGAUUUAUCUUGGAAUCAUAUUACUGGAGAAAUACCUUUGAGCAUGGGCAACCUCACAAGCUUGUUACAUUUGAAUGUGUCAGUAAAUGAAUUUUCGGGAUGCAUACCAGAUGUUUUGGGAAAUCUCGUCUAUUUGAAGGACUUAUUCAUGCGUGCUAAUAAUCUCUCUUGUCAAAUACCAGAAAAUAUUGGCAGACUUCACAGCCUGUUGGAUUUUGAUGCAUCAAUAAAUAACUUGAAGGGGCAGAUACCAUUGAGUUUUGGUAAUCUUUGCAACUUGGAGACUUUGAAUUUAUACCGGAAUAAUAUUGGUGGAGAAUUAACAAAUCUAUUUGAUGGUUUGUCUAAAUGCCCACAAGGAUCGAAGUUACAGGCCAUAUACAUUUAUGGCAAUAAGUUGAGUGGGUCAAUCCCUUCUAGUCUUGGGAAAUUAGCUCAACUACAAUUCCUGGAUAUCUCAUGGAAUUCAUUACAGGGCAACAUGACUGAAGCUCACUUCUCCCAGCUCACUAGCUUACACUAUUUGAAUACAUCUUAUAACUCCUUGAAUUAUAUUUUAUUAGAUGAUUGGCUUCCUCCAUUCAAUGCUCAAAGGAUUUAUAUGAGAUAUUGUCAUUUAAAAGCUAGAUUUCCUUCUUGGAUUCAAACGCAAACAACUUUGUUUGAACUUGAUUUAUCUGGAGUUGGACUUUAUGGAAAUAUUCCAGGUUGGUUCUCGGAUUUCAUUUUGAACAAUUCAGGUAUUUCUCUCGAUGUAAGCUCCAACAAUUUCACUGGCCAGUUACCUUCUAGUUUAUCUACCAUUAUGGAUCUAUCAAAUAACUCUUUUGAAGGAACAAUUCCAUUAAGCUAUGCAAAUUUUGAACACUCUGAAGUAUUAAAGUUGUCUAAUAAUCGUAUCCAUGGUAGUUUGCCGGCUUUCUUUUGCAAUCUCAGUAAUUUAAAUGUACUACACCUAUCUAACAAUUACUUAUCAGGUGAAAUUCCAAAUUGCCAUGGAUCAUAUCCAAUUAGUUUGAACUCCCUGCACAUGAAUAGUAACAAUUUAUCAGGAUCAUUUCCUUCUUUCUUAAGAAAUUGUACUGAAUUAGUGAGUCUUGAUCUCGGUGGGAAUAAAUUUUCUAGUGAAAUACCAGAAUGGGUGGGAAGGAGCUUCCCGUUGCUAAAAUUUCUUCGUUUGAGCUCAAACUUAUUCCAUCAUGUUAUUCCAAAGAGUAUAGGAAAUCUUACUUCCCUCCAAGUUUUGGAUUUUUCGUCCAACAAUUUUAUUGGCAGUAUACCUUCCACUAUCGAAAAUUUCAAUUUUAUGCUCGUGAAACAAAACUACACUUCAAAUGGAUUAUAUUAUCCUUAUUCUCAAGCAUGCAAGUACCCUAGUUUUUACUGUUUUAAUGGCAACAUGGAAUAUCUCGGCGAUGAUAAUAUUCUUAUAACUGCAAAAGGGUCAACCAAUGAAUACACUAAAGCUCUUAGUGCGGUGUCAAGCAUAGACCUAUCAAACAAUGAGCUUUCUGGUGAGAUUCCACAAGAGAUCACGAGGCUGCAUGGAUUGUGCUUCCUCAACUUAUCCAACAACCAUUUAUCAGGAAGGAUUCCAGAAAAUAUUGGUGCCAUGAAGGAAUUGGAGUCUCUUGACUUGUCAAUGAAUAGUCUCAUGGGAGAAAUUCCUUCCGACCUAUCUUCCUUGAACUUUCUCAGCUCCUUGAAUCUCUCCCACAACAAUUUAUCUGGAAGAAUCCCAACAGGUGGUCAGCUUUCUACCUUCAAUGACUCGAUCUAUGCCGGCAAUAAGGGCCUUUGUGGUGUGCCGCUUCCAAAGUGUUCUAGUGAUGAAGUAAAUCAUUCACCAUCUCAAGAAGAAGAUGCAGAAGAUGAUGAGAAGCUUGAAAGAGUUCUACAUUAUGUCUUUAUUGUUAUGGGAUAUAUAGUUGGAUUCUGGACAUAUUUGGGCAUUAUGUUCAUGAAAAAGUCCUCAAAGAUUACUCUCUUCCGGUUGGUGGACAAGAUGCAUAACUGGAUGUACGUGCAACUCUCACUGAAGUUUGCAAAGCUGAAAUUGAAAUGGCAAAGAAAGAGUUCAAGCACUUGA